UUAGGUGUAUAAAUUUACUAAAAUAGAAAAAUAAUGUGGUGCCAAAAAAGAAAAUCAGGUGAAGGGAGGGAAUCAGAAAUCUGAUCGCUCCUAGCGAUCCCUAGCGAUCGAUCGCUAGGUAGCAUUCUCGUACACGAAAAGUCUUUUCAGCUGUCGCUUCAUACCAGGGUUAAAUCUCGCGGUUUCACCACGUGUCAGCCUCUGAUUGGCCGCUCCUCUUUGCAAACUCGAACGUUGAGCCAGCAUAACAUGUUGACCUGCGGACAGGCGCACAGCACCGGCCAUCACGAGGCUCCAAGCAAGCGCUCUCAGUCUCUUAUAACUUAUAAACCCCGGUGCUUGAUUACGCGCAAUCGCAUCGCUACCACGAAAACUCCACAAGAAUCCAUCAAGAAACAUACACUCGUUUCGUUUUUUCCUUUUUUUGAUCCAUCUUGCUGCUAGCUUGCUGCAACCGGCAAUGGCGACGGCUCGCCGUCUCCUCCCCGUCACUCUCCUACUCAUCUCACUCUCAAGGGCAUUGUGCACGACGUUCACGCUGACAAACUCGUGCGCGUACACGGUGUGGCCGGGGCUCCUGUCGAGCGCCGGGUCGCCGCCGCUGGCCACGACGGGGUUCGCGCUGGCGCCGGGGGAGUCGCUCGCCGUGGACGCGCCGGCGGCGUGGUCGGGCCGCGUCUGGGGGCGGACGCUCUGCGGCGCCGACCCGGGCGGGUCCGGCAGGUUCGCGUGCGCCACGGGCGACUGCGGGUCGGGCGCCGUGGAGUGCGGCGGCGGCGGCGCGGCGCCGCCCGCGACGCUGGCGGAGUUCACCCUCGACGGCGCCGGCGGGAACGACUUCUACGACGUCAGCCUCGUGGACGGCUCCAACCUGCCGAUGGUGGUGGUUCCCCAGGGCGGCGGCGCGGCGUGCGGCGCGACGGGGUGCCUCGUCGACCUGAACGGGCCGUGCCCCGCCGACCUGAAGGUCGCCGGCGCCGACGGCGCCGGCAUCGCCUGCAGGAGCGCGUGCGAGGCGUUCGGCACGCCGGAGUACUGCUGCAACGGCGCGUUCGGCACGCCGGCGACGUGCCGGCCGUCGGCGUACUCGCAGUUCUUCAAGAACGCGUGCCCGCGCGCCUACAGCUACGCCUACGACGACGCCACGUCCACAUUCACCUGCGCCUCCGGCACCGCCAGUUACCUCGUCGUCUUCUGCCCUAUCAUCUCCAGCCUCAAGUCGUCGGUGGGCGGCGGCGCCACGAAUCCGUCGGCGUCGGGGACGGGGCUGCCUCUCAUCAACGACACGGUCUCCUUCCUCAACCGCGGCGGCGGCGGCAACGGCGGCUACUACGACGCGUCGAGCAGCGCCUCGCUGACGGCGCCCAGUCCCCUCCCCGUCGCCGGCCAAGCGGCCGCCGCCGUGCUCGCGUGGCUCUGCACCGCCCGCGGCCGCCACUGGCUGCCGUGGUAGAGAUCGCCGCCGCCGCCGUCAUCCGCCGGAGCACACCUCGUGCCGGCCAGCCGUGCUGAUCCGCCAUGGCGCCAUGUGCCGGCCGGCCCGACAUUUUGACCUCGGGCCGUAUUGCGAUUCGCGAAUUGUAUAGAUUAUCAAUCACCAUGGAUCGGUGAAUGGCAGCCGCAUCUAGUACAAAAACUUGGUUGAUUAAUUGGGAAGAUGAAGUAAUUAA